UGAUCGGGCUAUACCAGGGUCUCCCAGCAAAGGUCAAAGUACGAACUCUCCUAAACUACAACUCUCGAGUUCGAGGCUAUAGGGCUACGAAUAAACCCUGUGGGAUUUAUGUUCGCGGACAUGAACGAGUAGUGCAAGAAUUGUGUGGAUGUCGGAAAUCAACAUGGCGUCCCUAGUAACCAAGAAUGCCCUGAGGUCAGUGAUGUCUCCCAUAGAACCCUUGUCUGUGUUGCUUGCAAUAACACUUCUUCUCACUUCUUCUGGAUUCUCUGCAGGGAUCAAAGUAGUUUAUUUGACAUCGCACUGUGGCUCUGUGAUUCCUACUGGCGUUGGGGGUCUCCUAGAGGCAGAGUCAGGUCUGAAGUAUAAGAAUAAUAUCGACUGUACCGUGACGCUGUCUGCUCUCCCUACCCAUCGAAUCUUGGUACAGUUUCAACGGUUUACUCUGGAGAGUGGGGUUAAUGGUAAAUGCCCUGACAGUUUAAGGUUGUUUGAUGGUAAUACCGUGGACGAUCCAGCGCUUACCGCAGAGCUCUGCGGACGUUUUACCCAGUUACCGGAUUACGUCUCCAGUGGCAGCAACAUCACCGCGAGGUUUAAAACGGAUGACGGCGGACAAUCCAUGGGAUUCGGAAUCUACUUCACGCAAAUAUCAGAUGCACCCUGCCUGAGUGAUGGAGAGUUUGAAUGUAACAACAGCUUUUGCAUCGACCGGUCACUAGUCUGUAAUACAAUCAACAUGUGCGGCGAUUGGAGCGACGAAGGUAACUGCACAGCGCCCCCUCCUGAAGUUCAAGGUCUAUCCUUAGCUGCCAUUGUCGGUAUCGGCGUCGCCAUCAUCUUCGUCAUCGCGAUGGUCGUCCUACUUAUCCUCAGGAUCAUCCAAUAUCAACGACAACGACUGACUUUGAAGAGGCUGGUUGACCAGGUCGACAAGGACGUCAAGAAAAACCCAUACGCAAGGUUACCGGCAGACGCAUCAGAAGUCAUCGACCAAGACGAGGAUGAAAGCUAUGUGUUAAAGACUGAUGACAUCGGGUUGAGCGGGAAGGUUUUCGGUCGAAAACGAUCCUCAAAGGUGGCGCCUGCGCAGUAUGACUCUUAAAAAACAGUGGAUCGUUUCAUGAAAGGACUUGUGGGACGUUCUAUCAGACAAGUCAUGAUCCGAUAGUUACCAUACUAACACUACUUCUCAACCUAUCAAAAUCAAGGAUUGUCAGAUCUGACAAGUUGUCUGACAAAAUAAUUCAUGGAAAGCUCCCCAGAUAACUAGGUCACCUUGCUAAAAAAUAGUUUGUUAUCAUGUUGCCAACGAUUUGUCCUUGUAGUUAAUAACUCGCAAACCAAUCCUGGACACCAAGUAAAAUAAUGCAGUCUCGCUCGACAAUUUCUCCGAGUCUCAUGCGGAACCAUGUUGCAUGAAUUGGGAAUUCUCCUAUCUCCUCAUAACGUAUACACAAGUUUAUUUUCAUCUUCAUGAGAAAUCACAAGAGAAGAUAUAGCAAUUCGACGUGGGAAUGCGUGAUGCUCUACCAGUUUUCAUUUCAGUCUCUCCAAACCUAGACGGAAAAAUCUGGUGUUGCAGAUCAGUUUUUGUUUUACAUUUUCUGAAUUUUUCGGUAUGGAGGGAGGAGCUGCGACGAAGCCAUAUAAAGUCUCAGCGGAGAAUAUCCUGACCGAAAUAGAAUCAUUUUUUGGGUCUACUCUAAACCAUGCUUGAUCAGAUAUAUAUUUUUCUUUCAUAAAAUAAUCAUCUCUCAGUAAAAGUUAUUGCAAGCAUUGUACUGGAGUUUAUAAACUAUGCUCGCCAAUGGAAGAACUCUUUUAUCUAAUAAGGAAGCUUAUUUUGUUUGUUUGAUAAUAUAUAAAUAUUAUUCGGUGUUAGUAUUGUUUUGAUGUAAUGUAGCAGGCGUUGUUUUUCAUCAUCUCAUUUGUCUAUAAUUUGUUAUGAAGUGUUACAAUGCCUAAAAGGGAAUUCCGUCCAUUCUUUUUAUAAAUAUUUGUUUUACAUAAAGUGUACCUUUAUCGUUGAUCUUGAAAUGAAUGGGCCCUCUCUGUAAUGAAAAAUAGGCCAAAGUUUAAGAACCCUUUAAUUUCUAACCGCGCGAGGGGUGAGUGGGGGCGGGCGGGUUAUUAACUUAUGUUGGUCUACAUAUACGUGUGACCAGAAAAGCGGCAAAAAGUAAAUGUCAUUGUUCAGAACCGAUAAGUCCUAGGCGAAUUUGAAUGUCAUAAAUUAACAAAAGCAUAAAAGGAAAGUUUUCUUUUUUUUGGGGGGGGGGGGA